AUGCGCCGUGCACUUCCUGGCCGCUCGGCGAGGGGCCGAAUCUCUCGCGGUCGACCCGAGGGGCGCGAGGAAGAAGAUGAAAUACCUGAAGUCUACCGGGAAAUGCUCGCUGAAGCAGAACUGCGAAGUCCAGAUGUCUCCGAAGCGGACCAUCCUAACAAGAAACGAAAGGUUGGAGCUCAGAGAGCUACAACUUCUGAUAUUGUUUCUGUACCCCAAGUACCACUGCCAAUGGAAGAUCAAGGCCAAGCCAGCUGGCAGGUACAGACCGUCUAUGACGAGCCCACGUCAGAAGACUCCGAUAUGGAGUGGGAAGAAGUUGACCUUCAGCAAGUCCCAGCUCGGUCGACUCAGAUAGCUCCAGUGACAGGGGGCGAUAAUGAACCACUUCAGAUCACUCUCGACAAUCAUGAAGGAAAGAGGCGGAAAGUAAUCUCAAGGCAAAAGCCACUCACCGCUGCCGAGAAAAGGCUCCGAUUAGAUAUACACAAAGUUCAUGUGCUCUGUCUCCUGCGCCAUGUUCAAAUACGGAAUCUAUGGUGCAAUGACGAUGAACUACAGAGCUUUCUCAAGAGGAUGUUACCCAAGCAAGUGAUAGCCAUGUUAAAUCCAGCAGAGGACAAACCACAGUACAGCCGGUCUACGACCUUUGUUGAUGGGCUGAAUCAAGCCAGUGAUGCUUUUAGCAGGAGGUUUAGAGUGAAUAGACCGGGCUUGAAGGGAGCCCAUUGGGUAGAUGACCCUGAAAAGUUGAAGCAAAAAGUGGAGUCUAUUAUGUCCGAUGCAGAAGUCUUGUUGUCAAAAGAAGACUUUUGCAAGCAGGCUAGGACGAUGCAGGGCUCUCGUGACUUUGGUACUCAGUUGUUCUGUGCUCUUCUACGCUCCGCAGCUGUGGAAGCGAGGCUGGUCUGCUCACUCCAGCCCUUGCCCUUUUCUGGGACAACGAAGAACAUGACGCCGAACAAACCAGGUUCACAGUAUAUUGUUAUAUCGUCCGAUGACCAUGACACGUCAGCAGAUGAUCAACAGAUGUCUGGCGUCUCACCGACACCGGCGUCAACGUCUCGAAGACUUGGACGACCACAAUUCACCCCAGCACGUCCACAGAAGACCUCUAUUCCAGAUCCGGGAUUCACCCCUCGAGCCUCGCCUUACCCGGUAUUUUGGGUUGAAGCAUUCAACGAAGCUGUCCAAAAAUGGGUCCCCGUCGACCCAUUGGUUACCAAAACGAUUGCAAAACCAUCUAAGUUUGAACCGCCCUUCAGUGACCCAUCAAACUGCAUGAGUUAUGUAGUCGGCUUUGAAGAGGAUGCGUCCGCAAGAGACGUUACCAGGCGCUAUGCAAAAGCAUUUAAUGCGAAAACACGCAAACUCCGUGUUGAAUCUACAAAAGAUGGAGAGAGAUGGUGGGCAAUGACGAUGCGUUUUUACGAAAAGCCAUUUUUGGAGGACAGAGACGAGGUGGAAAUUAGCGAACUGACAGCGAAAACUGCUGCCGAGCCUAUGCCGCGAAAUGUGCAAGACUUUAAAGAUCACCCGAUAUACGCGAUUGAGCGACAGCUUCGACGGAAUGAAGUCGUUUUCCCCAAACGCGUCAUUGGUCAAGUCAGUCUUGGGAAGUCGGGAUCGAAGGACCAGGUGUUGGUGCCGGUGUACCGCCGUAGCGAUGUUCAUGUUGUCCGCAGUGCGGACAAAUGGUAUCGCUUGGGACGAGACAUCAAAAUCGGCGAACAACCAUUGAAACAUAUUCAAGUCAACAGAAACAAGGAUGUUGGUUUCAGCGAAGACGAGCACGACAAUGAAAGCGGCAUGGAGAUUCCUCUGUAUGCAUAUUUUCAAACUGAGGUACACACGCCGCCGGCUGUUGUGCAGGGGAAGGUACCUAAAAACUCUUAUGGGAACCUCGAUGUCUAUGUACCGAGUAUGGUUCCUCCUGGGGGCGUUCACAUAAAGCAUCCUCAAGCUGCCCAUGCAGCCAGGGUCCUUGGCAUUGAUUACGCAGACGCAGUUACAGGUUUUGAUUUCAAAGGCCGACAUGGAACUGCUGUUUUUCAAGGGGUUGUUGUCGCCAGCGAGUGUCAGGAGGCGCUUGAAGAGGUCUUGGAUCACCUUGAAGACGAGAGAAGACAAGCUGAGUCCGAGGAAAAAUCGAGAGAGAUGUUACGGUUGUGGAAGCAUUUUCUUCUAAAACUGCGAAUUGCAGAAAGGGUCAAAAGCUAUGCCAUUGAAGGAGAAGAGAGCGCUGGUGAGAUCUCUGAAGACUACGAGGAUCCAGAGGAAGCCGGUGGCGGAUUUAUUCCCGAACCAGAGCAGGAAAUGGCCGACACAGGAAAAUUUUUGACUUAUCAACGGUCAACCGAACAAGAGCCUCGAGGACAUACAUACAAUGAAGCAUCGACAAAUAAUGGAGCCCUGGGAGAUGAAGCGCACCGUGGUGGACUCAAAUCUGACGAGAGUGCCAGCCACAUAGAAGCAAUCUCUGGGAAUCCUUCCGCAAGGGACAUUCCCAAGCCAUCAAGACGUCCUCGUUAUAGCCUUAUCGUCGUUCCUAAUAAGAAAGCAGACAGCAAUGAGAACGGCACAUCCCAACGGCAACUCCAACAGCAGCACGGAGAGUCGCCUGAGAUUGUGGGGCUUGAGCCAGCGGCAGAAGCCGAGAGUGUUAAGAGCUCUGGGGAGACUGGUCCUGCAGGCUCAUCGGACGCUCCCAUCAUGGUCCACUCAUCAACAACAGGCGGCUCCAAAUCAGCUAGCGUUGAGAUACUGUCGCGGGCAGCAUCGCAAACGCAGUCGCGAACUCCCACGCCAGAGGAAAUAGACGAGACAUCAGGAGUUGAUGACAAUGGGUCAUUGUUGUCGCAUGAUCCCGAAGAUGAGGAUGCGAUUCCAGAGUGGCUACUUCUUCGAUUUGCGAUGAGACAAGGUGACAGGCCAAGUACAAACGCAGAAUCUGCCCAGGAACAAUUUCGAACGCCGAACAAGCCUCCUAUAUCAAGUUCUUCCACCACCUCUAAUACGCGAACAUGGACGACAACAUCAAAAAAGCACAGUGCGACUCCAAUAUCCUCGGCCUCAGCGUCUAAGCCUUGGAAAGGGAGCUUGCUCUCCAGGGAUCAACCUACACUUACACAGAUUGACUUUGUGACACCGAGGACACAGAACGCCGAAUCCGAUGAUGAUGACAAUCUCGAUUACAUCAAUAAUGCCGCUCCAGAUAAUAAUCCGAAUAGUCGCCAGGUGAUCGAGUUAGAUGACAAUUCCGAUGAUGAUGCUAGUUAUCAACCAACGUCAUAUAUACGGGCACGGCGUACCGGGGACGCCGAACGAAGAUCAAAUGCUGCGCGCAAUCCAUCAGGUCUGAGGAGGAGUACAGGCCAAGCCGGUUCAGCCGAAAAGCGGUCCGGAAGAAAGAGUAUCGAAAGCGUCAAGAGCAGCAAGAAGAAGACGGAGAAGCAGCAAAAGGACAAGACACUCACCCAGAUGGAUUACGUGCGGCGUUACCUGAAGAUCGAGCCUGAUGAUGAAGUGAAGCUGGAGUACACCUAUAUCACUCCGAAGAAGAACAAUAUCCAGAAAGUCGAAGGAAAACUCCCUCGUGGGCUUGAGUCUGCGCCCACUGAGGAUGCCACCGCCCAAGAAUCCUUAAGCUCGAGCAAGAAGAGGAAACUGGAGGCUGAGGAGGAUAUGAAAGGAGUCUUGUCCAGUACGUCGACGCCGGAAAAGAAAGUCUUGAAAGGAAGCCCGAAGACACCACGAAAACCAUGGAAGUCUGAAAUACCUUCCUCGCAGUCACCUGAAAGUCCUGGGGUUGCGAUUAUUUCAUCAUCACAGUUUCGAAACGCUACUCGAUCACCUCCCAACCUUGAUUUUUCGACCAAGCCCACUUCUACCAUCAAAGAAGAAUCGCCUAGUUUGAUCCAGACAAAUAUAAGCGCCAGGCAUGUGUCAAUGUCUGAAGAUCAAUUGCCGCCGACCAUGAUACCCGAUUUUGAAUCGCCGUCCGAGCUGACUGUUGAUAAUGAAACGAAUUUUGAUGUUGAAGAGACACGAUCGGAUUCAGCAAAGGGACCAUCCGCUUCUGACAAACCUCCACCGAGUACGGAGAGAACAGUAGUAUAUGAAACGGACGCCGAAACGGAUUACAGUGAUGAUGAGCCGAUAGUGGCUGGGCCGAAUGACGAGCCGAAUGCGAUGCCAUUUGAGGAUGAAGAUGACGAGGGUGAAGACAGAUCACCACUCAGUGACUCCCAAGACCUCCCUCCACCUAUAUCACAUCCUGGCUUGGAAGAUGAGCCUGGGCCUUUACAGUCUGAAACCAAUCUGUCAUCCGAGGCAUCAAUCUUAUAUCAAAGACGACAGCCUGCCACUCAAUUCCCACUAGAACCCAUACCUACGCUGAGCACCCAGAAGCUGGCGGAGCUUUUCCCACAGGAAUCCAGCAUUCAGCAAACCAUGACUGAGACAUCGUGCACCAAGUCGUCCGCUCAAAAGGUUCAGGCAUUAUCUGAUCCCUCCUUGCAGACGCAGACUCAGAGCCAAACUCAAGACCUGGACAAAUAUUCGACGGAGAUGAUCCCGGAAUCCUCGCCUGUCAGACGGCACGGAGACUAUGCGAGUACAGGCGAUGUUAUACUCCCUCAGAACAGUGCUCAGAGCGUGGUACAGGUAGAGUCUUCACAAAUAGUGGAUCGCCUCAAAAGGCAGGCUGAUCCAGAUGAAGACCCUCGUCCUAGAGUCAAUAUCGUCAAGUGUUCCAAGGUGGAACUCUCAGUGGGGUAUCUCAUGAUUGUUCGGUCCGUCGUACGCCCCGAAGGCCCGAACGGAAGCGCCAUGCAGAUCCACCAACAACAAGCAGCUACCGUAACUCCUCCGCAACCGUCAUCGAGGACGGUCUCUUUCACCAUGGAUAUUGCAUACGAUCAUAUUCAAGAGGAGAUCUUCUCCACCAAUGAGUCGUCGAAGAAAGAAGGCUCACAAGACGACUCCAAAACCAACCGAUCCAACGUCGACCUCAACACCGAACUGCAAGAGACAUUCCGCGCCUUUUCCGCGAGCCCCUGGGGAAUAAAGAUUGGUGGGCUGUGGGAUAAUGUCCGCAAACAAGGCGAGAGUUACUAUGAAGGAGCCAGGCAAGAGUACGCCGCGGCCAGCGAGGAGGCCGCCAAGGGCCUUUCGGACUUGAAAGAGACUAUCGUUGGACGCACGCGAGGCCUGUCGCUAAGUACAGCUUUUACUUCUGCGUCGUCGGAGAGAAGUAAGGAUGAGACGCCGACGCCUACUGCGUCCCGAGCGGGAGAAAGUCAGGACGAGGGUGCCAGCGACGCGGGCUCAAGCGCGGGUUUCCUCUCCCGAUUCAAAGCAGAGGCUGCAAGACGACUGAAGGAGAUUGAGAAGGCCGAGGAAGCUGCGGAUGAAGCGAUCCUGCGCUUUGGUAUUACUAUUGGUCAAAAGCUGCGGGAUGCGGUCAGCAUUGUGCCGCCCGACGCGGAGUCGUCAAACAAAAUCCUUUUCGAGAGUAAGGAUGCCGAGGGCAAAAGAGUUAUUCAUGCGACCCGAUUUGAGGCGCAGUUGCAUGUUAUCCAUUCCAACCUGGAGAGCUUCACCAAGGACCCUGUCAGUGACAAGUGGGCCCCGUUCAAGGAGGAGUUCAACGUAGACAACAAGACAGAGGCCAUCGCCGCGGAUUUGGAGAAGUACCCCGAGCUUCGAUCGGCCAUGGAGAAGCUUGUUCCUGAGCAGGUCGACUAUGCAACCUUCUGGUCUCGGUACUAUUUCCUCCGCCUCGUGAUUGAGACCGAAGAGCAGAAGCGCAAGGAACUUCUUAAAGGCGCCAAUGUGGAUGAAGAGGAAGAGAUUGCUUGGGACGACGACUCCGACGACGACACCGACUCUCCCUCUACUCCUCAGGUCAAGACAAAUAAUACAACCCAGAUUCCCACUGUCGACAAGAAUAAGCUGCUCAAGCCUGACGAACGCCGGCGCUCAAACGACCAACAGUCUCAGCCGGACAGUGAAUCCAGCUAUGAUCUCGUCAGUGGCAACACCAGUCGUGCGCCUGGCAGCCCGAAGGAGAAGAGCCCAACGACUGCGGCCAAGGACGACGACAGCGACGAAGACUGGGAAUGA